GACAGCAUUUGAAGGGAACAUACCCUCCGCUAGUGCGUAACUUAACGUCGUGAGACAUCUUCAUUCCAAGGAGAGGACAGUGUUUCAAGCUGGUGGUCGAGGGUUUGCUUCUGUCUGCUGCGCAAAAUGCUCAACCCGCAGAGGUCUCUGUCCGAGCUGCCCAAGAUGUCCGCUGCCAGUCAGGUGGAGAGAGCCGUGCUGGAGGAGGAAUUCAACUGGCUGCUUAAAGAAGAAGUGCAUGCUGUCCUUAAGCAGCUCCAGGAUGUCCUGAAGGAGGCAUCGAGACGUUUCUCCAUGCCGUCACCGGGCCUCGAGAGUCAGCUCAAACAGGAAAACUUCAUCCUCGGCAGCUCAACCAUAGAUCAAGUCAAGGGGGUGCUGACUCUGCAGGGAGAGACUCUGACUCAGGCUGACAUAAACCUGAAGGUUGCAAAGAGCAGCCAGGCGCUGCACUUUCAGUUCAGGGAGGACAAGCAGUGGAAGCUGCAGCAGAUCCAGGAUGCCAGGAACCAUGUGAGCCAGGCUCUCCAGCUGCUGAGCAGCCAUGAUGAGAGCUACCACUUCAAGACAGGGGCUGAGGUCAAUAAGCUCAUGGAUGCAGUGAUGCUCCAACUGACGCGAGCACGAAACCGCCUCACCACCCCGGCCUCCAUGACGCUUCCUGAACUGGCCACCAGCGGUCUGAUGAAAAUGUUCACUCCUCCCAUGCCUGGGGAUGUGAUGGUGAACUUUUACAUCAACUUAAGUAAACUGUGUCUGACUGUGUACCAGCUCCAUGUGCUGCCUGCCAACACCACUAAGAAUUUCAAGCCAGCGGGAAGCUCGGUGUUGCAUAACCCUGGAGCGAUGUUCGAGCUCAACAACAACCGGUUUGAGGUGAGCCACGUUCACAAGGUGGAGUGUGUGGUGCCUUGGCUUAAUGACACGCUGGUAUUCUUCACCAUCUCCCUGCAGCUCUGUCAGCAGCUCAAGGACAAGAUAUCUGUCUUCUCCAGUUUCUGGAACUACAGACCUUUCUAGUCCGUCUCCUGUCCAUCUUCCAGAGACCGCUCAGGCCCAAGUAUAACCACACAGUGUAAGGGACAUCCUGGGAAGGCUUUUCUUUUUGUGUGUACGCAUCAUCCAGUCAUUCAGUGUUGCAUGAUUAGUUCAAGGAGACUGAUAUCACUGUUUGCCAUUCCCACUUGUGUUAGUCCAGCUGACUGACUUUUCUCUGAUGUUGCAUCCCACAGCACUGAUUUGAACCUCUGACUGAAUGAAUGUGAUUGUUGCUGAAUUAUUGUAGAAUUAUUUUUUCUUAUGUUCAAGCACCUCGGUACGUACUGAGUAUUUAUCUGGUUCUUGUUCCAAAGUUAUCUUCUAAACUGUCUUUGUUGGAACACUACUUUGUGCACUAAAGGUUGGAAGACCAAGCAGCACUAAGAGGUCACAGUGAGUUUUUUUGCAGUCCCUCACAAUAUUGCCCUACUUUGUUUCUCACCUCCACCAACGUUACAUGUCACAGUCAAUGUUGUAUUCAUGGUUAGCACUAUUAAGCCAGUGUAUUAUGUCUUCUGUAGCCCUGGAGCAGCUUUGUCAAGUCUGACAAAAUAUCUCACGAGUAAUGUUGGUACGGGAGACGUUUAGCUAAACCUUGCAGAGUACAACUUGUAGUUGGGUCAGAUCACGUUCCCACUUCAAACGACCUGCUUCAGAAUUAAUUUCUGUCUGGACUUGGACCACUUCCUCUAAACAGUCCUGGUGGGGUUGUUUUGGUCCGCACUCCAGUACAAUUGCUUUGUUUAGAUCUGCGCAAAUCAAUCGUACCAAGAGGGAAAACGAGUCUGAACUGAACAACGCAGGUUUGGGAACCCCCUUAAUUUGGGUUUGGGUUAGAAAAUGCAAGUGUGGAGUUUGAAAGAAGUUGGCAUUUACUCUGAAGGAGGGUCUAACAAAAGCCAGUUAACAGUGAGAUGACAGUAGAAGUGUGAAACAAAAGUAAAUAAAACAAAACAACAUCCAAGAUCACCUUAUCCAGUUAACGCGAUGUCACAAAGUGCUGUCCCACUCCUCACACGUUUGGAAACCUCACACCGUGCUGAACUCGUGCACUUCAGAGGAGCACUCCUGUAACACUGUCAGAUUCCUGAUGGGCAGUUUAAAAGAAGGGGCCACAGUCGAAGCAACAGAACCAGAAAAAUCGUCUCUUAUUCCACACAUUCUUCGUCCCUCUCCACCUAAUACAUUACCAACAAUGCAACUCAAGGUGGCAGAUUAGGGUGUGCUAUGCUGUAUUAUACAUCAUCAAAAAUUAGUUCCCAGCCAUAAUUACGACAUGAACAAGCAGGUAAUUAUUACGGUAAAAUUAACAUGACAUUAACGUGGAAUUAGAGUUUAGAGGACGUUGGAGCUGGGACAGUUUUUGUUUGUUUGGUUUUCGUUCAUUGCCCCAUUUGGUGGAAAUGACAACACAUUCCCUGUUUGUUACUACACAUAUGUCUAAAUGAUAAGCUACUUGUCUCGUCUUUUGAUGUAAUCUUUGAUUUCAAGUGUUUGUCCAUGUUUAUAUUUAUUUGACACUUUUUGCACAUUCCCUGUGAACCAAACACUAAUCCAAUCAUGAACAAAUGACUUCACUAAGUGUUAUUGUAUAAUCUAUUUUGUUAAUUGUUUGUCAAUCUAAAAUGUGGAAAUUAUUUAUAUCUGUGCAAUAAAAAUAUUCUCAACGAUAA